AGUGAGAGGCCUUCCGGUUCCUCUCAGAUCAGCUGACUCUGAUGCUGCUGUCAGGAGACCUCAACAACUCUAUUGAAUGGCAACUAUGAACAUUAUCGAGCCAUAGAAACGCUAUUCACAGCUAUAUUUCCCCACUGUUAGCGGACAUAUUUUCUAUUCACAGUUUCCUCUAGCUGCACCAGAGCUGUAACCAUGACUGAGUUUUGGUUGAUCUCUGCCCCGGGAGAGAAGACCUGCCAGCAGACAUGGGAUCAAAUGAUGGCAGCCACCACACGUAACAACAACCUGUCCACCAACCACAAGUUCAACAUCCCUGACCUCAAGGUGGGGACCCUAGAUGUCUUGGUUGGGCUGUCGGAUGAACUGGCCAAAUUAGACUCCUUUGUGGAUAGUGUGGUGAAGAAGGUUGCUCAGUACAUGGCCGACGUGCUGGAAGACAGUCGGGACAAAGUUCAGGAGAACCUGCUGGCCAACGGAGUUGAUCUUGUCACCUACAUCACAAGAUUUCAAUGGGACAUGGCAAAAUAUCCCAUCAAACAGUCACUUAAAAACAUCUCUGAAAUCAUCUCAAAGCAAGUCUCCCAGAUUGACAAUGACUUGAAGUCCAGAGCAUCGGCUUAUAACAACCUGAAGGGAAACCUGCAGAACCUCGAAAGGAAGAAUGCUGGGAGCCUCCUGACCCGCAGCCUGGCUGACAUCGUGAAGAAGGAAGACUUCGUACUCGACUCUGAGUACCUCAUCACUCUGCUGGUAGUGGUACCAAAGGUAGCGUACACUGAUUGGCAGAAAUCAUAUGAAGGUCUGGCUGAGAUGGUGGUGCCUCGAUCCUCACAUCUGCUGUUUGAAGACCAUGACAGCGGACUGUUCAGCGUCACUCUGUUUCUGAAAGCCGUUGAUGACUUCAAACACAAAGCCAGGGAGAACAAGUUCGUAGUGAGAGACUUCCAGUACAACGAGGAGGAGCUGAAGGCCGACAAAGAGGAGAUGACACGGCUCUCCACAGACAAGAAGAAGCAGUUUGGCCCUCUUGUCCGAUGGCUCAAAGUGAACUUCAGUGAAGCCUUCAUCGCAUGGAUUCACAUCAAAGCUCUGAGGGUCUUUGUGGAAUCUGUUUUAAGAUACGGGCUGCCGGUGAACUUUCAGGCCAUGCUGCUGCAGCCCAGCAAGAAGACCAUGAAGAGGCUGAGGGAGGUGCUCAACGACCUGUACAAACAUCUGGACAGCAGCGCGUCCGCCAUCAUCGAUUGUGCCAUGGACAUCCCAGGCCUAAACCUGAGUAUGCAGGAGUAUUAUCCUUACGUCUACUACAAGAUCGACUGCAACCUGUUUGAUUUUAAAGUGUAAAAAACGUUCCUUAUUUUCUUCUUUUUGUUGUGUGUUAAAUACGUUUGAUAUUUUCCUGGUACAAACCUCCCUCUCCUUCCCCCCCUGUCUCCUCACCGUCUCCUCAUCAUGAAUGAUGCUGCAUGAUUAUUAUUUGUGGUGUAAAACCUCAUCAGCUACCACUUUCACAACCAAGGGACACAAAGUGACUUUAAAUUAUUGAUCUUGUUUACAGUUUUUUUUUCUUCUACACAGACUUUUUCAUGUGAAAUUAAAAUGAAUUAAGAAAUAUUGGAAAGUUAUAUUUACUGUGUCAUUCCAUUCGUGCUGUGUGUAUUGAUAGCUUCUGUAUCUGUGAUCUGUGUUUACAAAACGGUGCACCAUGGCAACCAGUUCUUUGUGUGUUUCUGAGAUUGUGGGGUCAGACAUUGUGUAACAAAGAUGUGAUGUGUGUGUGUGUGUGUGUGUGUGUGUGUGUAUGUGUAUGUGAAUAUUUGCUGUCAAAUAAGUAUCACAGUAUUGUGUAAAAGAUUGAAUAAAUAUGAUUGGAUAAAUGAUA